AUGUGGUCUUGUAUAAAAGACUUCUUGACCUAUGAAACCACCAAGUCAGUGGUAGUGAAAAGCUGGACCAUCGGCAUCAUCAACCGUGUCGUCCAACUCCUCAUCAUUACUUACUUCAUUGGGUGGGUGUUUGUCAAUGAAAAGGCCUACCAGGUGAGAGACACGGCUAUUGAAUCCUCAGUGAUGACCAAGGUCAAAGGUUUUGGAAUCUACAAUAACAAGGUGAUGGAUGUUGCAGACUACGUCACUCCUACACAGGGAGCUUCAGUCUUCUGCAUCAUCACCAAAAUGAUUACUACAGAGAACCAAGUCCAAGGAUACUGUCCUGAGAGUGAGAAUAAAUUUAUUUGUACCCACGACAGUAACUGCACAAAGCACCUUAACAAACCAGGAGGUAAUGGAAUUGUGACAGGGAAAUGUGUUCCUGUUAACACCACUCUCAAGCGGUGUGAGAUAAGAGGAUGGUGUCCUGCCGAGAUCGACACCAUCCCAACUACACCAAUGAUGGAAGUGGAGAAUUUCACCAUUUUCAUUAAGAAUAGCAUCCGCUUUCCAACCUUCAACUACACCAAAGGGAACUUCCCUACUACCAUCUCUGAAGAGUACAUCAAAGAAUGUAAUUUUGACAUGGUCAACAACACCUACUGCCCUAUCUUCAGAGUGGGAGACGUGGUCCGCUACGCACAGCAGAACUUCUAUACGCUGGCAAAAAAGGGAGGAGUGAUUGGAAUAAAGAUCGGCUGGAUAUGUGAUCUGGACAAGUCAGAUGACCAGUGUAACCCCUCGUACUCAUUCACCCGACUCGAUGCCAUGUCACAGAAGAGCGAUGUCUCACCGGGCUACAAUUUUAGGUUUGCCAAAUACUAUAAGAUGGAGAAUGGGACGGACUACCGCACUCUGGUCAAAGCCUUUGCUAUUAGGUUUGAUGUUCUGGUCAAUGGAAAUGCAGGGAAGUUCAACAUGAUCCCUACACUCAUCAACAUGGUGGCAGCCUUCACGUCAGUGGGAGUGGGCACGGUGUUGUGUGACAUCAUACUGCUGAACUUCCUGAAAGGAGCGGAGCAGUACAAGGCCAAGAAAUUUGAAGAGGUGUCGGACAGCCCGCUGGAUUCCCAUAACAAUGGGUUGUACCGCUCCCAGCUGUCACUCAGACAUAGUGAGGCCAUGAUGAGGUCCAGUGACUCAGGGGCAUUUUCUAUUGAACAUUACAGCUAAAUGGACAGAAGCAGCAGCCAAUGAUCAGGGAGCAGCGGAUUGCGAAAGACAAAUGUGGAUUGGGUUUCUCUAAAAAUGUUUUAUCAAUUAUAGGCAUUCAGGGCAUUCAAGGUAUUCAGGACCCUCUUUAUAUAAUACAGUACUCAACGUUACCAAUAUGUCUUAAGAACCUUGAAUUGUUGCCAUAUUCUUAAGUGUUUCAAAACCGUUACAUACAGUAUGUCAAACAAUAUAUUCUUAAGUCUUUGCAUGGUAAGACUUCUGGCAUGUGACAUUGGCUCAGGAUUUUCUGAGCAAAAAGAAAACCUUUGUGUUUAAAAAAGGAAUUCAGCUUGAAAAUGAUUUCAUGUUUGAGCUCCAUUUUUUUCUUUUUUUUUUCUUCUAUUUUUUCUCUUUUUGCUGUA